AUGUUGGACUGCAUGGAUGGGAUCCGAUCCGUGUUCUCCCAUGAUUCUGUUAGAAAUCGAAGAGUCACUGCAGCAGCACUGAUAACACUCCCAUCUAGUUCGGCCUCAAAAAGUCCUCUUAGGAAGGGUUCCAGUCAUCUUUUCGUGAAGUAUUUUGAAUAUCUGGAUGCACCAGAAAUGGCGUCGCCAAUACCAAUACCUUAUCAUUCUACUACUAUUUGCUGUGAUUCUUAUACAACUUUAUAG